AUGAAUGAGAUGUUCAUUCUUGUUAAUCUUAUUGAUAUUGAAACACACCAGAAAUGCAAUCUUAGACUGAGUCAGACAGAUUUUGUAACAGUACUGGAGUCAAUAAAGUUAAUGACAAAAGCCUUUGCAGUAUCAGGGACAGACGUACUUGACGAAGCUACUGAUGUGGUUUCCACUCUAUAUAAGUUCAUCUCUUACAGUCUAAACAGUCUGCUUGGAGGUGGACUUAUGACAGGGGAAGUGGUGGAAAUAUGUGGUGGAUGGGGUGAGGGGAAGACCUCCUUGUGUGUGCAGCUGGCUCUCCAUGCAGCUCUAAGACAGGGGCUGCACACCCUCUUCAUUGAUCCAAGUGCAAGCGUCUCACCCUCUAAAUUGGCUCCUUUUAUCGAGGCUUUGUCAGAGGAAGAGGAAGUUAUGGAGAAAGCCCUCUCCCGCAUCAAAGUAACAUCUCCAGCAGACAUCUGGGGCUUGUUCCGUGCUUUAGAGAAGACCUACCAUCCUUGCAUAACAUUGGAUGGUAGUGCCGGAAGUAGUAGUGGUAGUAACAGCCAAAGUGCAGGAAAACUUAAGCUGGUGAUAGUGGACUCUCUCUCGAACUUGGUCAUGCCUCUUCUGGAUGGAACGCGGAAGGAAGAGAAGUGUCACUCAUGUUUUUAUUAA